AUGCGUCGAGGGCACCACCGACUGCGUGUAAAUGUGUCUGGGGAAUAUGCGGGGAGGGCGCUGAAUUUGUUGCUGGUGAGCGGGCGCCACGUAGCAACACGGAAACUCUCCAACUUUGAAGAAGUUGCUACGUUGCGCCGGGAGCUUGCGGCCGCCCAACAACGCAUAGCGGAGCUACAGUUGAGUCAAGUUGCCGUUCACGAGGCCCUGCUGAAGCGACUGGAGGAGUCUCACCAGGCUGUGCAUAAGGCGGCAAUUCAUGCACGGCACGCCGCAUUGGCAUUGCAGUGCAGCCACGAUUUGAUGGAGAGAGAGUUGCGUCGCGUGCUGUCCAUCACGCCAACCAGCAGUAAUAUGAGCGGAGUUGAAGUGGAUCGUCUGCGACGGGCUGCUGUGGAGGCGGGCGCGAGGGAAAUUGUAAGAAGGAACAUAGGCUUCCGAGUAGAAAAGCAAUUGGAAGAUCAGUUGCAAGUCGAGAAGGAUAGUGGGGAGAGCAACACGAUCAAAGGUGGAUGA